CAUCACUGCAUCCAACAUUUAUCCCAACAGCCGACUCCACCUCUCCAAAAACGGAAAAAAAAACUAUAAUUUAUUAGGAUUAAAUAAGAAUCCGUUCAUUGUAUUCUCUUUAAAACAAUGGAGUUAUACGGAAAGAUGGCUGCUACGCAAGACAACAAACAAAAGGAGAACUCUGAUCAAAACUUUGAUUACAUGUUCAAGUUGUUGAUCAUUGGGAACAGCAGCGUUGGAAAAACAUCCUUUCUCUUCCGCUACGCUGAUGAUACUUUCACCUCUGCCUUUGUCAGUACGGUGGGCAUCGACUUUAAGGUCAAAACUGUCUAUAAGAACGACAAAAGGAUCAAGCUUCAGAUCUGGGACACAGCUGGGCAGGAAAGGUACAGGACUAUCACCACUGCCUACUACAGAGGGGCCAUGGGCUUCAUCCUAAUGUAUGACAUUACUAACGAAGAGUCUUUUGCUGCUGUGCAGGACUGGGCGACCCAGAUUAAGACAUACUCUUGGGACAAUGCCCAGGUAAUCCUCGCAGGAAACAAAUGCGACAUGGAGGAAGAGAGGAUAGUUUCUGUGGACAGCGGGAGACUGCUAGCAGAACAGCUGGGAUUUGAGUUUUUUGAGACAAGUGCAAAGGACAACAUCAACAUCAAGCAGACUUUUGAACGCUUGGUGGACAUCAUUUGCGACAAGAUGUCAGACACACUUGAGGCCGACCCCUCGGUCACCACAGGAACGCCCACAGCCCGUCUGACGGACAACGUGUCGCCCCCGCAGCAGUCUGACUGUAGCUGCUAGUGUUCUCCGUCCAGGCCGUUCACUUCUGUCUUCUGACACAGAAUAAGUUACUGAACCUCAAAUCUUUGACCUGGCUUUUGGUGUUAAUGACAUAGCAAAUUAGCAAGAUUGUGCCAAACUCAAGUGUCAAACUUUGUCCUUCCUUUAUGCCAUUAUACCAGUAUACAGGUCUUUUUUCAGGGGUUGUUAGUGUACCUGUAUUCCCUGCACUGCAAAAGCUCUCCUAUUACCGUAUUUUUCGGACUAUAAGACGCACCUGAGUAUAAGUCGCAGCGGUCCAAAAAUACGUCAUGAUGAGGAAAAAAACAUAUGUAAGUCACACUGGACUGUAAGUCGCAUUUAUUUAGAACCAAGGACAGCGAGAGGGCGCUCUAUGCUGCCAGAGAUGCUGCUCAGUGCUCAUGUAGUCUACCACUGAAAACAUAGAGCGCCCUCUCGCGACUGGAGACGGUAAUGUUUUUUCUUGGUUCAUGUCUCUUAGUUCAUUUCUCUUGGUUUAUGUAAAAUGAAUUUUGAUAAGUCGCAGGACCAGCCAAACUAUGAAAAAAGUGUGACUUAUAGUCCGGAAAAUACGGUAGUCAUUUUGCAAAAGCAGAAAUGAGUUGAACUUGAGAUGCUCUGCAAUCGUUCCCAUGUCUCUCAGGGGAAUUAUAAAUGUCAGCAAAUUUAUAAAUUCUACUAUAUAUCUAAAAUCUGUGUAAUAGAUUGAGAGGAUGUUGUACUCGCAUUUUGCUGGUGAGUCAGUUGGAUAUGUUUGUGUGAGACCACGUGUUUGGAAAAGCACUGCGAAAGCUAAAAAAAAUUGAGAAAAAAUAAAUGUGGCCUUGAAGUGGU